AUGGAAAUAAAAAAGAGACAAAAUCUUAUCAUUCAAACUAAUCCAUAUGAACCUCCUUUAAAGAAAUCUCUUUAUGAUGAUUUAGAUGAUAAUAAUCUAAAUUUUCAAUUAGAAAUAUUUCAAAAGGAAGCCAUACUAAGAAGGAUGAAGGAAAAAACCACCUAUCAAGAACAACAUAUUGCAGUGAUGGAUGCAUGGUUUGACGAGGUUAGAAGAAAUCAUUAAUAUUUUAAAAAAGAAUUAUAAAUAAUAUAAAAAUAUGAAAUAGU